GCCACCGGUCGGAAUCUUUUUGAGACUUGCUACUAUGACAUUUUGUGUGAUAAAUGUUAAUGUGUACUUGUCACUGACGUUUUAGCUGUAAAUUUUAGCAGUUAGAACAAAUUAUUAUCGUUCUUAUCCUUGCGAAGUUGAAUACCGAUUAUUUCAGCUGUUUUAAACAAAUAAUCGAUGUGGUUAUCACGAUAAAAUAUGAGUCGAACAAAUAACCAGUUGCCCAACUUGGAUAAAGUUUUCAAGGAUGAAGAAGAUCAAGAUUUCGCACCAAUUGCCGGGUCCAAUCUGGCAGCAAUUUUCGGAGCACCGCAGAAGCUCAGCGAUUCGCCAGUCACUGUCAAGCAGGCUUUGCAAAAAAAGUCAAGCAGCGGGAGAAAUACACCUCAGAUGGUGGCACCGGCAAACAAGACUGAAGUUAUCAUAGCGAAAGUUGUUCAUGCCUAUAAACUGCAAAACGGACAAUAUAGUCUGAUAGGAAAACUGGGUAUAGCUCUGACGGGUAACGUAGCUGGUCGAGUUUACCAAAUAAUAUUGUACAGAGGGAAGCAAGAGCACAUUUCUACGGUGACACUUACACCAGAUUUUUCUUAUACAAUACGUGAGAAUAAUUACGCGACAUAUUACGAUGGGAAUAACGAGAAUUGGUCGCUGUGUUUCGAGAACGAAACUGCUUGCAUCGAAUUCGCUCGUGAAGUUGGUGUCUCAAGAUUUCAUUCGAUGCAGACGAAGCCAGAUAAUUCUGUAUUUUACCAAAAUUUGUGCGUUGAGAGUGAAUCAAACAAGGCGAAAGAAAACGAUCAAAUCGAGGUGAAAGUUAUCAUUUGCACGAAUCUCAGUCAACCGUUGAAACUCGAUAGCACUUCGACCCAAAGUAUGAACGUUCAAAUAUCUCAGUACGAUAGCUGGGAAAGAUCUCUCCUUAACUGUAAUAAAGGCCUUAAAAGAUUGCUCAUUUUACCGCCCAGUAAACAAAUCAGUUUAGGACCUGGCUUUCCAAAGGAACGAGAAAUUAUUGUGGACAUCGAAAUCGUUGAUAUCUUAAGAACCGAAGAGAAGAGCUCACCUCCCAUCGUCAAACCUACUGUCUCGAGUGGGAAAGCUGCAAUUCUAUCACGCAUGGCCAAAAUGGGACAAUCCAUGCUACCUAAGGUCCCAACAUCCACUACCACCGAUUCGGAGGACACUGAAGAGGAGAUUCACAUCAAGUCUCCGAGACGUUUCAAGCCAGAAAUCUCAGCUUCUCAUCCGUCGAAGCAUCAGUCCCGAGCUCCUCAAGAAUCUUCGCAAGAGCCGACUCCAAUCGCAAACGUUAUAGUGCCAAGACCCAUUAUUCCUACUACCGUUCCAUUAGCUCACAGACCGAUGAUUCCUUCGCCUGCGUUAACGAGUCCUUGGCCCGUUACACCGAUACAACAGCAAUACGUUACGAUGGAUGGACAAUAUUAUCCCAUACAUCAAGCUCCCAUCACUCAAUCGAUUCCUGUGGGAAUGGAUCCCAAUCUGAACGUAUUUCUGUCCGAAACGAGAACCCAGAACACGGAAAUUCGAAUGGGAAUGUCGAAGAUAGCCGAUAACGUUCAAAAAUUACUGGAUAAGUUUCACGUCCUCGAAGUUCAAAGUGCCUCAUCGCCCAUGAGCCUACGGCGACCAAUCCACCGUUCGUUAGAUGAGUCUAUGCUGAACGAAGAAAGGUACCCCGAGGACGAAACGACGAGAAGCAAAAAUUCUGGCGAAGGAUCGUAUCCUGGGAAUUCCAAAAAGGAGCAAAGGCUCGAAUCAGAAUUGAGCGAAGCGAGAGAACGUCUCGAAGAAUACGCUAGUAAGUGUAAAAAGUUCGAUCUCGAAAAACAGGAGUGGAAGACCGAGAAAAUGGAACUCGUAAAAAAGAUCGACCAACUGGAAAAAAAGGUUGAAGAGGGAAAAAAAGCUCUAGAAAAUGCGAAUGAAACCGUCGGUCGAUUACAGGAGAAAAGCAACCUUCUGGAAUCGUCAGUUUCGAAACUUAACGCUGAGAAAACGACGUCUAGCAACGCUGAACAAGAACGAGAAAAUUCCAUGGAUCAAAAAUCUGCAGAAAUUAAACGGCUGAUGCGCAUCACUUAUUGGGGGCUAUUAGCACAAUUCAGGGACGAAGAAUCUUAUACAUCAGAAAACAUAAAAGAAACAUUAGCUGACACUAUCAGGAGUAUCACUUUCUCCGUUUUGAAAGGCCUGAAAUAUGAGAAAGCAGAGGACGAGAACUUAGAAGUAAGUUCUGAGGGCAUGGAUCCAAAUGCAUUGAAACGGUUGCCGACGAUUCUUGUUGCUCAAGAAGAACCGCCCCCUGUGCCGCCAAUGGACGACGAUGUGACAACACAGGAUUUUUGAAAAUUUUGAACAAAACAAGUGAAAAUACAACGACUCUUGGGAUUUUUGUCCUCAAUUGAAUUGCCUUGUAUUUGAUGAAUUGAAAAAAUGUAUAUGCAAUAACGAGAAGUUAUAAUUUUAAUAAAUAAUUAUGUUGAUUAAUGAAAA